AUGUGUCCUAUCUGCAUAGAACCACAGAAUCGGACAGCUGACUCUGAAUUCCUCCUCCUGGGACUCUCAGGUGAUCCAGAAGUGCAGCCUCUUCUGUUUGGGCUGUUCCUAUCCAUGUACCUGGUGACCAUGCUCGGGAACCUACUCAUGAUCCUGGCUGUUGUCUCUGACUCCCACCUCCACACACCGAUGUACUUCUUCCUUUCCAAUUUGUCCUUGGCUGACAUCAGUUUCAGCACCACCACAGUUCCGAAGAUGCUGCUGAACCUCCAGACACACAGCAAAUCCAUCACCUAUGCAGGCUGCCUAACUCAGGCUACCUGUUAUUCUCUUUUUGGAUGUUUGGACAGUCUACUCCUGGCUGUUAUGGCCUAUGACCGGUUAGUGGCCAUUUGUCAGCCCCUACACUACCUGGUCAUCAUGAGCCCCCGCCUCUGUGCCUUGUUGGUCCUGCUGUCAUUUUCCAUCAGCCUUUUGGACUCCCAGCUGCACUACUUCCUUGUGUCACAACUUAGCUUCUGUGCAGAUGUGGAAAUCCCUCAUUUCUUUUGUGAACCUUCUCAACUUUUCAAACUUGCCUGUUCUGACACUUUCACCAAUGACAUAUUGAUCUACUUUAUUGGAGCCAUCUUUGGUGGUGUCCCACUCUCAUGGAUCCUUUUCUCUUACUAUAGAAUUGUGUCCUCCAUUCUAAGAGUCCCAUCAGCAGGUGGGAAGUAUAAAGCUUUCUCUACCUGUGGCUCUCACUUGUCAGUUGUUUGCUUAUUUUAUGGAACAGGCCUUGGUGUAUACCUCAGUUCAGCUGUCUCAUCUUCCCUGAAGAAGGAUGCAGUGGCCUCAGUGAUGUACACUGUGGUCACCCCCAUGCUGAACCCCUUCAUCUACAGCCUGAGGAACAGAGACAUCAAGAGUGCCCUAUGGAGGAUGAUCAGAAGACCAGUGUUGAUUCUAGGAGCACUGGCUGCAAAAUUUAAAGCAUUUUCCACCUGUGGAUCUCACCUCUCCAUGGUCUCAUUGUUCUAUGUGACAGGCCUGGGGGUCUACCUCAGUUCUUCCCUACACAACUCAGUUGCCUCAGUCAUGUACACUGUGGUCACCCCCAUGCUGAACCCCUUCAUCUACAGUCUGAGGAACAAGGAUGUGAAGGGGGCCCUGAGAAGGUUCCUCAACCUAGCAGCAUCUUGUCUGUGA